AGACCCAUUGGCGAAGAGAGUUCAUUUUUGUGUUUUUCCAUGAUUUCGUGAAAAUUGUUUCAGAUUUCAAAAUGAAGUUAUUUGGCAGACACAGUUUUUUCCGUGGGAAAUCCUUGAUGGAGCUCACUGCUCAGCUAAAGAAUCCUAAAGGUCGUGUGGUCACUCGAGUGUCAUUUGAGAGAUAUCCUGAAAAAAGCUACUAUAUUUUAUCUCAUGUUGAGCAUGGAUAUCAUGGGAAAAAUUUGACUGGUGUGGCAUGGGGUACGAAGGUUUUCAGAGGGAACAAGUACCCAAAGUUAAUCAGAAUUGAUGCAGGAGGGAAACGUGAUUGGCGACUCAUUCCGAAAGAUGAAGAGGAGGAAUUUUGUAAGAUUGACAAAGUGCAUGAACCAAAAAUUAAAGCAGAGGAUAUUGAUACUCGAUUACCUCCAGUAAUGGAAAUAGUGUUAAAAAGAAACUUCAAGCAAAGAAACGUGGCAUUUGAAGGUACCCCUAAUCUAAAGGAAUUUAUUAAACUUAAUAGUGAUUUAAUGAAAAGAAUUGAAUAUUUCAAUGCACAGAAGGACUGUUCACCAAAAGAACAAACAUCUUGAAGACCUAGGAUUUUUUUGUUAGUAAUAAUGUAUUUAUGAGAAAUGCAAUGAUGUUUUAUGAAUAAAAUA